CGCGCCGCAUGUCGUGGGCCCGCAGAGCCGUGGCAAGGCUCACACCAUGCGCGCCGCGCCUCGCCGCGCUACGCCUCCGCCAGCUCAGCAGCGCACCCACGCUGCGGCCGUACCAGGAGGAGUGCGUCGAGGAGUGCCUGCUCAGCCUCGCCGCCGGCGUGUCGCGCAUCGGCGUCAGCUCGCCGACGGGCAGCGGCAAGACGACGAUGUUCACGUCGCUCCUGGCGCGCCUGCCGCCGCUGCCCAACGCAUACGGCGGCGCCGGCUCGCGCGUGCUCAUCCUCGUCUCGUCGAUCGAGCUGGCGCUGCAGACGGCGCGCGUCGUGGCGGCGGCGCACCCCGAGCUGCUCGUCGAGCUCGAGCAGGGCGCCAGGUUCCGCGCCAGCGGCGCCGCCGACGUCACCGUCGCGACGUACCAGACGCUGCACCGCUCGCCGGCGCGCCUCGACAAGUUCGACCCCGCCGGCUUCAAGGGCGUCAUCGUCGACGAGGCGCACCACGCCGCCGCGCCCGCGUACCGCUCCGUGCUGGCGCACUUUGACCCGGCCGUCGCAGAAGGGCCGCCUGAAGAAGCAAGGGAGGGGUCAGCACGGGAGGGGCCAGCACGGGAGGGGCCAGCAAGGGAGGGGCCAGCAAGGGAGGGGCCACCUGCGGCAGCGCGGCCCGUGCCGAUCAUCGGCUUCUCGGCGACGUUUGCGCGGCACGACGGGCUCGCGCUGGGCACCGUCUUUGACCGCAUCGUCUUUCACAAGGACUUUCUCGAGAUGAUCGCCGAAGAGUGGCUCUGUCCGGUGCGCUUCACGGCGGUGCGCGCGACGAUCGACCUCAGCGCCGUGCGCCUCUCGACGGCGUCGGGCGACUUUACGCCCACGUCGCUCGCCAACGUCGUCAACACGCCGGCGGUGAACCGCCUCAUCGUGCGCAGCUGGCUCGACCGCGCCGCGGCGCGCCGCUCGACGAUUGUCUUUUGCGUCAACAUCGCGCACGUCGAGGCGCUCACGGCCGAGUUUCGUGGGGCAGGCAUCGACGCGCGCUUCCUGCACGGCGGCACGGCGAUGCGCGAGCGCCGCAGCCUGCUGGAAGACUUUCGCGCGGGCGUCUUUCCCGUGCUCGUCAACUGCGCGAUUCUAACCGAGGGCGCCGACGUGCCUGCGAUCGACUGCGUGCUGCUGGCCCGCCCGACGCGCUCGCGCAACCUCUUCUCGCAGAUGAUCGGCCGCGGCAUGCGCCUCAGCCCCGCGACGGGCAAGACGGACUGCAUCGUGCUCGACCUCGUCGGGAACUCUGAGCGCGGCGUGGUCUGCACGCCGACGCUGUUCGGCCUCGAUCCCGAGAGCAUCGACGACGCGACGCUCGACGAGAUGCAGCAGCGGUCCAGCUCAGACUCGGACAGCCUACCGCCCCCCGACAUGACCGGCGAGGUGCCGGACCCGAGCGCGAUCACGUACGAAGAGUGGGGCCCCGCCGAGCUGCAGCGCGCCAUGCUGCAGCGCACACGCGGCGUGCUCGAGCGCAUGACGCCCAACGCCUGGGUCGACUGCGGCGACGACAUCUACGUGCUCGAGCUGCCGCCGAGCAACGGCUACGUGCGCAUCGAGCGCGACAGCCCGCACGCCGAGACGGAUGCGCGCGCCAAGGGCGGGCCCGCAGACGGCUGGCUCGGCAACUACUUUGCGAGAAACGACGCCGAGCAGGCCGCCGCGCUCAAUCCCUUCACCCGGCGCGGCAGCGUGCGCAAGGUCGCGCCCUACCGGCGCCCGCGCCUGCUGCUGCACGUCGACUCGCUCGAGGCGGCGCUGCGCGGCUGCGACACGUUUGCCACCUCGCUCGCCGGCCGCGGCCUCGGCGGCAUCAGCAUGCUUGCGCGCAACGCCCCCUGGCGCGCACGCCCCGCGAGCGAGUCGCAGCGCGCGCUCGUCGAGCGCCGCCUCGGCCUCGACAAGAUGCGCGCCGCCGGCGCCGAGCACACGCCGCCGCUGCCGGCGCUCACCAAGGGCCAGGCCGCCACGGUCCUCACGCGCCUGCGCUGCGGCGCCAAGUCGCGCUGGGAGCGCGAGGCGAGCGCGCACAACCGCGAGGUGCGCGCGCAGCGCAAGGAGCACGAGCGCAGGGCCCGCGAGACGGUGUCUGUCGGGCCGCUGAGCCGGUGAGGCGACAAUGAUAUUAUACCCUUGCAACGGCAGAAGGC